AUGGUACGUUCCUCAAAGCUAUCAGCAAAGGAAAAGUAUGAGAGACAGAAAGCAUUGACAAAGGAACGUCAGCGAAGGUAUAGAGAACGAAUGAGUGAAGAAAAGAAAGAAGAAAAGAGGAAGUAUGACAGAGAUCGUCUUGCUCGAUUGAAAGCAGAAAAUAAAAUAAAGAAAAUAUCAGACAUGACUCCUAGAGAACAAAGAAAAAUGCGAAAGUAUUGGAAAGAAAGAAAUCUUGUUAGAAGCCUGAAAAAGAAAUCACUGAAAGAAGUUACAGAUACUCCCCCAGCUUCUCCUUUACAGGACGUGAGAGAGGAAUCUGAACAAAAAGAAGAGGGCGCAAAAAAAUCCGAAGAGACAAAGCAAAGGCCUAUAGAACUAUAG